UUAUUUGUGAAUUCUUGAUUCCAACUAAUAAAAUAUGGCGCCCUUUAUUUUGAAGAGUAUUUCUGAACUUCAUUUAUAAAUACUUUCUGUUGCCCCGCCCCUCCCCCCAUGUUGUUCUGCCCUGAGCCCCGCAGGACUUCGCACCGCCCCUGUCAGAUGCGGGUAUUUAACCGGAUGCGGAGCCGCUCUGUCAUUGGCUGCUCGGCGUCGGAAGGUCCGGCGGGUGUUACCGGCUGAGCGGAGGCCGCAUGGCCGGGAUGCUGGCGGCGGACUAGACUCCGCUGCGGAGGGAUUUUAAUCAUCCAUUCCGGGAGGACGGACCGCCGCAGGGUCUUCUGAUGAGGAAACAACUGCUUUCUGUUUUUAUGUCGCUUCCGCUUCCAGUUCUUCACCCGUGACGUCAUGGUGGCGGCAGAGCUCGUGCAGGAGCAUCUGCACGCGGACAGCGGCGCACCUGACGACAUCACGGCCGUCAGAAAGAGUCCGCAACCGGAGAGCGCACGGCGGCCAGCCGACACCGAAUCCUGCUCUGACCCGGCAUGCGGUGGGCCCGACCGGCACCGGGACAGGCACCGGGACCGGGAGGAGCUGGAGGUCCCACCGGAUGAGAGCGCGGCGAUGCUGCCCGGCGCCGGCGGAGGAGAGGCGGAGGAGGUGGGAAGGAGGGCGCCGGAAACCAGGCUGUAUUGGCGGCGGUUCGCGGUUCUGGCCGUGUUCAGCCUGUACUCCCUCGUGAACGCCUUCCAGUGGAUCCACUACAGCAUCAUCACCAACGUGUUCACCAGAUACUAUGACGUCACGAGCGACAAGGUGGACUGGCUGUCCAUGGUCUACAUGGUGGCCUACAUCCCGCUCAUCUUCCCGGCCACCUGGCUGCUGGACCGCCGCGGUCUGCGGCUCACCGCCCUGCUGGGCGCCGGGCUCAACUGCGCAGGCGCCUGGCUCAAGUGCGCCAGCGUGAGCCCCGACAGGUUCGGGGUCACCGUGACGGCGCAGGUCAUCUGCUCCGUGGCGCAGGUCUUCAUCCUCGGCCUGCCGUCCCGCAUCGCCUCGGUGUGGUUCGGACCGCGGGAGGUUUCCACCGCGUGCGCCGCCGCCGUGCUGGGCAACCAGCUGGGGACGGCCAUCGGGUUCCUCAUACCUCCAGUUCUGGUACCAAACACACCGGAGGACCUGGAGCGAACAGGUCGCAACAUCAGCAUCAUGUUUUAUGGGACAGCAGCUGUUUCCACCGGCCUCUUUGUCCUCACAGUCAUAGUGAUAAAAGACAAACCGCCUCUGCCGCCCAGCCAGGCGCAGGCUGUGUUACCGGGCGUCCCGCUGGACGAUUACUCCUACAAACAGUCCAUCAUCAACCUGAUCAAGAACAAAGCCUUCGUUCUGCUGCUCGUUAGCUACGGCAUCCUGACCGGAUCCUUCUACUCCGUCUCCACGCUGCUCAACCAGAUCAUCCUCCAUUACUUCCAGGGUCAGGAGCUGAACACCGGGCGGAUCGGACUGACUCUGGUUCUGGCCGGGAUGGUCGGGUCCAUCCUCUGUGGCCUUUGGUUGGACCACACCAAAACCUACAAGAUAACCACUCUCGUCGUCUACCUGCUGUCCUUCGUGGGGAUGCUGGUCUUCACCUUCACCUUAGACUUGAACAACAUCUACCUGGUCUUCUUCACAGCUGGAGUCCUCGGGUUCUUCAUGACCGGCUACCUGCCUCUGGGCUUCGAGUUCGGCGUGGAGAUCACCUACCCCGAGUCUGAGGGGACGUCAUCAGGGCUGCUCAACGCUUUCGCACAGAUCUUCGGCAUCAUCUUCACUCUGAUUCAGGGCCGGCUGACCACGGCCUUCGAUCCGCUGGCUGGGAACAUCUUCCUGUCCGCCUGGAUCCCUGGUGUGAUUCUGACUGCUUUAAUAAAGUCGGAGCUGAAACGACACAACGUCAACAUGGCGACGGAGAGCAAAGCCCUGCAGGCGCGUCCCACCGAUCGCCAUGGCGACCGUCCAGCUGGACAUCAAGCCAACGGUGUCCAGCUGGAGCCUUCGCUCAGCAUCUCCAGGGAAACGUCUCUGUGAGAACCAGAACCAAGCCCGGGCGGCUCCAGAACCCGGUCGGGUCCAGGUUGUACUUGGAAGCAACACUCCAAGACGGGUUGCUGCGUCUGGAGUUUCAGAACCCAAAACGGAUCUCCUGCUGCUUCUCCAACCAGAUCCAGGAGGGACCAGAACCAUGACGAUUGGACUGGAACAGAGCCAGAACCUGGACCUUGUCUCAGUUGGUCCCGGUUCUGUCUGGACACAUUUGAACUGGACCAUGACAGACAAUCAGCUGCUCCUCAGAGUUCUGCAGCACAAAGCGGACCGGACCGAACAGAACCAGGGAGAACAGUGCACAGAAAAGCACAACUUCCUGUUUCCCAUUGCAGUGUUUUCUAAGCGGGGCCUUCGGGGGGCGCUGUGGGGAGGAAGAUGACGAAAAAAAUGCAAACUUUAAAUUUGAAUCCCAUAAAUUUUUUUAUUUUAAAUAUAUCUAAUAUUCAAUCAUGUUUUUUGAUAAAAUAAAAGUUAAGAUAAUUUAUGUAAAUGUUAUUUCUGAUUAUGAUUUUCUCAUCAAAUUCACUUUUUCCUCCAAGCGAGAAUGGAAAAGUUUCUGACAAAAGGCACAAAAAAAUCAUGAGAACUUUGGGAAUAAAAUUAAAUUUGAUGUGAUUAAUAUAAAAUAUUGUAUUAUGGGAUAAUAAAGUCAUAAUAUAUUACAUGAUGUAUCAUGGCCAAUUAAAAUCAGAUGUAAUGAGUUAGCAUUUAUGCUUAAUGGAUGUAAUAAUUACUGAAGUAAAACAUUCUAAAAGUUUUUGUUUCUUUA